AUGGCGCCCGCUACAAUCACCUCCGUGCUAGUGACCGGCCACGACGACAACCUCGGCCACACUCGGUACCGAGUUGAGACCCUUCUCGAUCGCGGCAGCCCUUCCGUAGUAGUGUCGCGCCGCUUCUCGGCGUGGCUCUUUCUGCACCGAUCGGUCGCAUUGCCGGGCCUCGGGUUCCCCGACAGGAAGCGCCUCUUUCACGGCGAGCGCAUCAAGCAGAAGCGCGCCGCACUCCUGCAGGGCUACCUCCGCCAAGCCCUCAUAAUCAGCCGCGAUCACAGCCAGCUCUACUCCUUUCUCGGCGUGGACGCGAGCGCAGUCGAGACGCCGCCCGCCGAUGAGACGGUCAGACCCACUGCCGAGACCGAGGCGACCGAGGCGGAGGCCAGCGCGCCAUGCUGUGCACGCAAACUGCUUGCGCCCAUUGCGCUGCCGUCCGCGCCGCCCGUACCGCCGCCCGCGCCGCCACCAGCGCCGCCACCCGCGCCCGCCAUCUCCGGCCUCGACCUGCUCGAGGCGUUCAGUGCUGAGGAGACGCAGCAGUACAGUGUGCGCGCGCCGCGUUACAAGGAGUACGUCCUCGCCGCGCUGCAGGCGGCCGAGGUGUCUGGUGACGCCGCCGCCUUCCUGGCGCAGCUGCGCCUCGCCUUGCAGUCGGCCGGCUGCGCCGUCGACGACGACCUCGGCGGCGGCAGGACGCUGCUGCGCCACGCGGAGGCGGCGCGGCUCGAGCGCGCAAGCAGCAAGGAGGCGGCCGCCGGCGCGGCGCGGCGGGCGCUGGCAGAGGCGGAGCAGCAGCGCGUGCGCGAGGCGGCGAGGUUUGCGGAGGAGGAGAUCCGGCGGCAGGCCGAGGCGGCGGCGGCGCGAGCGGCGGCGGCGGCGGCGUGCGACGGCUUCGAGCUCGAUUUGCGGGCGGCGAACGGCGAGAUCCAGCCGAGAAUCGUGUGUGAGUGCGUGCGCUGUGGCCGGCCUAAAAGCGCGCACGUGGCGGAGCAGGGCGGGGUGGCGACGACGCCGACCAAGCGGCCGAGCUUCAAGCGGCGCGAGAGCUGGCUCGCAUCGCCGGCUGAGGGAGGCGGUACCGCAGUCACCACACCUCAGUCGACGCCGCGGAAGCCGCCGGCCGCCAAGCGACGUGAGAGCUGGCUAUCCCCAGUGGCGGGGUCCAAGGCGGUGGAGGCGAGGGCGGUGGCGGCGAUGGCGGUGGAGGCGAGGGCGGUGGAGGCGACGGUGGCGGCGGCGACGGUGGCGGCGGCCUCGGAGGUGGCGGCGACGGUGGCGGUGGGCUUGGAGGUGGAGGCGAGGGCGGUGGCGGCGACGGCGGUGGAGGCGAGGGCGGUGGAGGCGAAGGUGGUGGCGGCGAGGGCGGUGGAGGCGAGGGUGGUGGAGGUGACGGUGGCGGCGGGCUCGGAGGCGGUGGCGACGGUGGCGGUGGGCUUGGAGGUGGAGGCGAGGGCGGUGGCGGCGAGGGCGGUGGCGGGGAGGGCGGCGGCGGGGAGGGUGGCGGCGGGCUCGGAGGCGGUGGCGAGGGUGGCGGCGGGCUUGGAGGUGGAGGCGAGGGCGGUGGCGGCGAGGGUGGUGGCGGCGAGGGCGGUGGUGGUGAGGGCGGCGGCGGGCUUGGAGGCGGAGGCGAGGGCGGCGGUGGGUUAG